CUCAUGGCGUAGGCUACUGCGCAUGACUUUGACUGUUCGUGUGAAGUAGGCCUGGCCUAAAUGUUUUCAUCCUGUUUGCAACCGAUAUCGCGCUCUUGCUGCCGCCCAUCGAAGAUAAAAGAAUACGAGAAAUCGAAACUGCGAAUAUAUAUAGCGUUACGAGCUCGAACUUAACUCGCAUUUUGAAAGUGUGCGGAUUUUGCGGUGAUCAGGAGGAGCUUCCGUUACGCCUCGCGUGUCACUAGGCCCGCUGACCCACAUUCGCGAGACCGCUCGAGGAAGUGCGCGCACGAAAUUCAGCAUUGCAUUUCACAUUAUCGCACCGUGAUUAUUCAUUGCAGCGCUGCAUUGUGAUCUCGGGACCGAAGGAGCUAAGAUUUGACCAGGCACCUGUGUGGAUGUGUGAGUGUGUUUUUCGACUUUCACAUUGGCGGGUCCUUUUCUUCAAUGCCUUCCCAAUGCGUCACCCCAGACUGAUUCAUGAGACAGUGUUAUCAUGAGCUCCAGAGACAGGGAUGAUAGCAGUGUUUUUGAUGGGCUGUUGGAGGAAGAUGAGAAAGAUAAGGCAAAACGAGUUUCAAGAAAUAAGUCAGAGAAGAAAAGGAGAGACCAGUUCAAUGUCCUCAUUAAAGAACUCGGCACCAUGUUGCCCGGAAUCACACGCAAGAUGGACAAAUCUACAAUAUUGCAGAAAAGCAUAGACUACCUGCGCAAGCACAAAGAAAUUGCUGCACAAUCUGAGUCGAGUGAAAUCAAGCAGGAUUGGAAACCCCCAUUUCUUAGCAAUGAGGAGUUUACACAGCUGAUGCUAGAGGCGCUGGAUGGGUUCUUCCUAGUGAUGCUGACAGACGGCAACAUCAUUUACAUCUCGGAAGGCGUAACCUCUUUGCUCGAGCAUCUGCCGUCGGACCUGGUGGAUCAGAACCUUUUGAACUUUCUUCCAGUGGGGGAGCACGGAGAAGUGUAUAAAGCUCUGUCCGCACACCCAGACAUUGAAAACCUCAACUCUGAUUACCUCAAGUCCAAGAACCAGAUGGAGUUUUGUUGUCACAUGCUCAGAGGUUCUGUGGAUCCCAAAACAUCAGUGUAUGAAUAUGUCAAGUUUAUCGGCAACUUUAAGUCACUUGCCAACAUGCCUAAUGCAACCCGGAAUGGCCUUGAGGGAAUUUUGCAGCGUUCGUUGCAGCCGGCCUUCGAUGAUCAAGUCUGUUUUAUUGCGACUGUGAGACUUGCCAAACCCCAAUUCAUCAAAGAGAUGUGCAUGGUGGAGGAGCCCUAUGAGGAAUUCACAUCUCGACACAGUCUGGAGUGGAAAUUCCUCCUAUUAGAUCACAGAGCACCUCCUAUCAUUGGCUAUAUGCCGUUUGAGGUGUUGGGAACUUCAGGCUAUGACUAUUAUCAUGUAGACGACCUGCAUUCACUGGCCAAAUGCCAUGAGCAUUUAAUGCAGUUUGGAAAAGGGAAAUCGUGCUAUUAUCGCUUUUUAACUAAAGGGCAGCAAUGGAUUUGGCUCCAGACUAACUACUACAUCACCUAUCACCAGUGGAAUUCACGACCAGAGUUCAUUGUGUGCACACACACUGUUGUGAGUUAUGCCGAGGUGCGAGCGGAACGGAGGAGAGAGAUGGGUAUAGAGGAGUCUCCCCCUGAGCUGACUGGAGACAAGAUUUCUGGCCGUAAAUCGCAGUUGAACACUUCCAGUCUGAAGGAGGUGCUGGAGCGUUUCAGUAACAGUCGCACACCCUCCACCUCCUCAAGGAGCUCCCGCAAGUCCUCUCACACCGCAGUCUCUGACAACACCUGCACCUCAACUCCCUCCAAGCUACAGACAGAUGUGAGCACUCCACCCCGGCCCGCUGUUGAUAUGACACCCCAACGUCGUUCCUCUGUCAGCACCCAGUCCAUGAGUUCUCAGAACACCAAUCAAACUGGCUCUCCGGUCCAGAUCAGCCAACAUCAACCACAACAACAACAACCUCAACCACAGCAGCAGGUUCAACCUAAUGCACUGUUCUCUGCACAGUUGAAUGCGAUGCAGCACCUAAAGGAGCAACUGGAGCAGAGAACACGCAUGAUAGAAGCGAACAUUCAGAAACAGCAGGAGGAACUGAGACAGAUUCAUGAGCAGCUGCAGAGGGUGCAGGGACCUGGCACUCAGAUGAUAUUGCAGCAGUCAGGUGGUGGACUCGUACAGUUGCCUCAAGUUGGAGGAGCACAGACUAACAUUUUAGGGGUUGGAGCACAGACUGGGGUUGUAGCUAUACAGGGCCAAAAUGUGACGAGUACAGCACACAGUGGGACUGUUCCACAGCAGCAAGCACUUCCACAGCAACAGGCUCCUCGUUCCCUGCAGCAGAAUCUACAGGGUUCUUCUGUUACACAGCGUGGUCCUGUCUAUAAUACCAUGAUGAUCAGUCAGCCUGCUAAUGCCAAUGUUGUGCAGAUACCCAGCAGUCUGGCACCAAAAAUCAAUCAGGGCAAUGCAAUAAACAGGUUUCCUGCUGGACAGCAGUUGGUCACUAAGAUUGUGACAGCUCCAAUGGCGUGUAGUGCUGUCAUGGUACCUACAACGAUGUUUAUGGGUCAGGUGGUGACAGCUUACAGCCCAUUUCCACAGCAACAAGGUCAGACACAGACCAUAGCACUGCAAACUCAGUCAGCUGUGCCUGCGGAACAACAAGCUCAAGCUACCACGUUACAGACAAGUCAACAGCAGGGGGCGACGCAGCAGACAACAAAACAGCAGCAACCAUUUUUACAGAGCACACGCCUUCUCCAUGGCAACCAGUCCACACAACUGAUCCUGCAGGCUUUUCCUAUUCAGCAGCAAGGCACAUUUACUCCGUCGCAACAACAACAACAGCAGCAGCAGCAACAGCAACUGAAACCACAGACUCAAAAACAGCAGAAAACAACUCACCAGACUGACAGCACUAAUGCCCAGUCUCAGUAACAUGGAGUAAAACAACGGCCAAUCGGAUGGAGGAGCCUGCUCAUGUUUAUUGGUGUACUCAUUUGAAAACUCUGACAAAACGGCUCUUCCUGGCAGCAUCUUAAAUGCUUUUCAAACAAGAAACUCCCUCAACAUGGCAGCUGCAUGGAACACAACACCACCAGAUGGACACUGUGGCAACCGUGCAGAAUGUUUCACUGGACCAACAGGUGGUUGCCAAACUCAUUAUUUAUUUCAACCACAGAAAGUAUAGGAUUGCUAGCCUUUGCAUUGUCUUUGCCAAACAGCAAACCCUGUCCUCAGCCCAAAGAACUGAGUCUAUCUGUACAGUCUCGUGUUCCAUACAAUGUAAAUACACAACCGUAAAGGAACAAAGCAAGAUAUUGAAUAUUUUAUAUGCUGCAUGAAGUGUAAACUUUCAUUUGUACUUCCAGUUUUAUGAUUUUUAAGUAUUAUUUUAAUUUUAAUGUUUUUAUAUUAUGCAUAUAGUGAUGCUUUCUACUUUUAACCCUUCCGACAAUAGUCUCUUCAUGUAUAGUUUGGGUUCAUUAUAGUUUGUCAUUGAGGUUUUUUUAGAGGCACUAGAUUUUUGUUUUAGUUUUUCAUUUUUGGGGAGGAAAUUAUACCCCACGUCUCUGACAUACAAAAAAUUGCCCCGUUUCAGUUUACUUCUAAUCACAGAUCCAGAAUGAUCAAAUUUGACGGUUUUUAAGUGCCAAAAUUUAGUUAAUCUACUUCCAGUUUUUGAAUGUUGCUUUUUAGCCGAGUCAUAGUAGUCUACUAAAACGUUUUUGUGCACCUUUUUCCCCAUUACAUAUAGCACUUAAUGUGUGUAUACACACUAAAAUAGUCCAUCUUCUAGUAAUUGUGACCUAAUGGUUUAGUUUGUGUGUGCAUGGACGGUACGUGUAUUUUUCAGAGAAGAAUGACACGCCAUAAAUAAGCUUUCAAAUCCUCUUUCAUAAAUGCUUUGUUCUCCCUCAUGGUUUUGGGAGCUAUGCAAGAAGCCACAUCCAAGGCAGAGUGUUUCUAUGUGUGACUGAGGAUGGUCCGGAAUACCGUGGACCUUUUUAAUCCCAUUUUCAGGAUAAUAAUGAUUAUAUUGUUUCUCUUCCUAGUUUUAUUUCCAAAGUUAUAAUUCAAACUGAAGCAGGGUUAUCGUGCAGCUGUAGAGUCUUAAAGUUAAGAGUUAUCUUCCUUUUAACUGCUUGUAUGUGAGUGUGAGUAUGUGUGAGAGAGAGAGAGAGAAUUUAAAGUGCAGGCUAUUAUAUCAAUAACAGUUUGUGACUCUUCCAGUAUCGCUGUGUGGGUUGCUACUGUGUGUAUUAACCCCAGCGAUGACCAAUCAGUUCUUGCGUUGCAGUAUCUCAGUAUUCUAGAUGUUUCCCCAUUGGCUUAUCAGCUAUAUACCUCAGAAAUGGAUUUAUAUAAGAAGUAUUCAAAGCAAUUUUAUUUUCGUAUGGCAAAAGAUGUUCGUGUUAAACAGUAUUGCUGUGUAUAGACCGGUAACACUGUUAAAAGACGAGUUGGAGCUGAAAGGUAUAUGGAAACUGAACAGAUUUUGAUAUUGUUGACUUCUGGAAUUCCAAAAGUGGAGAUGCCCAUUAAGUAGAUGUCCACCUUCCCUUUCAUAGUUGUGUUGUGUGUUUCAUUUUGUUGUGCACUGAAACCCCCCAAGUGUGUUAGUUGUUAAUGUUGGAACCAAUGUGUUUCAUAGUGCGUACAAUCAUAAAUUAUUAUUUAAAAUUUACCCCCCAAAAAGCUGCUGACAGGUUGAAGAGAUAAUUGAUUAGGACUUUAGAUGCCAUUCCUGGACAUUUCAACCUUCUUUAUCCACUGUUACACUGUUUGUAUUGCUGUGUGCAACCAAAAGAAUGUGUGCUUUCAGAAUAUGAUGGUUAUUGGUUGUAGCCCCAGAAAUUUGAUUAGAGCUUCUGAUUUCUGAUUAGAAAAUCAAUGAGUUGAGUGAAUGAUAAAAUAAUAAAUCAUCAAAGAACUAAAAGUCUUAAGGUGUUACCAUAAAAUUUUUUCAUUUUGUUCAUACUGAAUUGCUUUUACCAAAACCAUGUUAUCAGGUCAUAUAACAUUCAAUGUGACUGAAUUUGUAGGAAUUGUCUUGUCGGAUUACCAAAAAAUUAUAAUUUUCCCUCCACAAUAUUCAAUCUUGAAAUAAAGCAAACCAUGUUAUUUA